AUGCCAUCCUCACAAGUUUCCAACAAUGCCUUCAAUGAGGCAACCACUGGUGUCCUGCAAAUUUUGGCAAGAGCCUUGCAGUGGACCGAAGGUCCGGCCGGCCACCUGGAAAUGGCCACGGAGAUGGCAACCAUCAUGACUCUGGCAUUUCAAAGUCAUGCAUGGUCAGCGACUGCGAUUCCGCUGAUCUUGCUCUCGGCAGCCAUGGAAUUGAUGGAGCAUGUAGAUCAUGUUGGCCAGACAUCAUUUCUUACUGUCCUGGUGUGGAAGAACAUCAAGUGUGAUGACCCUCGCAUCGAGCACCAUCAUUUAUAUGGCAUGGCUCACAAGGGCCUGACUGCAUGGAUCCCAGCACCGAUUUCACAACCUCCAGAUACACCUCCUGUCACAAAUCCACCAGCGGUCCCUUCAUUGGCAGCAAAGUCAAAGCCACCUGGAAGUGACAAAAUCAAAAUUGUUGGGGAUAUCACCAAAAGUGAUCCUUUUCAGAAGAGGAAGCGGAGGUCCACUGGUGCAUCCGAAGAGGUUGCCAUUGGCCAUGAAGAAAAGGUCAUCACACCAGCGAGUGUGGACAAAGACAUAGCUGAGAUUGUUGCACUGGGACCUACAAAUACAACACCAACUAGGCCAAAGCCAAAGCCGAAAAACAAGCAGGUAGAAAUAGUAGUCUCCUCUGGGUCGGACGUACCAAUGGAUAGGAAAGGGAAGGGAAAGGAAGCUACGUUGCUGGUGGAGACAGACUGGCGGGACUAUGAGCGGAGGAAGUCUAGAGCUCCUUGGUAUGAGAUUCAGAAACGGGUUAGCACUAGGACUGCCACACGUGACUGGCAAACAAGUGGAGCUAUGUUUAUGGAACACAAGGCAUCGGCUGCCCCUGAGCCUGUUGCCAUGAUGAACAUGGUGGUGGAGGCUGAUGUCAAUGCUAACACUCCCAUCACCGUGAUUCCACUGACACCGGCUCCUUGUCUCAAAGACUCACCUCCGUCAUCCGCCAGGGACAUGGUAAUUGACUUGUCCAGUGAUACUGUUGUAAGGGAUUUGCAGGCCAUGACACUAGAGGUGGUAGGUGAUUUGGUGUCACCCUUCAUGGUCGUUCAGGACACCAUCAAUCACCUUCAGGCUCAGGUGGCUGACAUCCGAAGUCAGAACACCAAGAUGGCCGAGUUGGUUCAAACCAUGAAUGCCCGGCUUGGUGCCCAGGAUACCGACAUCCACACCAUGGAGAAAAUGUGUGCCGAGAUCACCAUAUUGCAAGAGGAGGUUAAGGCCUUACAUGCUGAAUCGCAGACUCGUGAGACUCAGAUCUGGAAUGCUGAUGCAAUGUUGACUGCACAAGGAAAUUGUACUGCCGUCCUGAUGGAUGCCUAUGAAUCCAUCCAUCAAUGUGUUGUACCCAACCUGCCUGUCCCUCCUCAUUUUAAUAAUGCUGUAUUCUUUCCUGCUGCUGGUCACACAGCUCCAUACAGUCAAGGCAUGAGCGCCGGGCAGGCACAGGCAAUGGAAUGGCUUUAUUUCAAUUUCACACCAGGUCCAUCCAUGAUUGCCAGUAACUCCAUUCUGAAUAUUGCCGCCACCCACGCCGGACCUUCAGGUUCCCAGACCAACCCUCCCUCUAGUGAAUUGGCAUCUAGGAAAGUUCCCGCCUAA